AUGGUGAGUGAAUCUAAAAGAAGAAAGAGAACAAUACUAACCGGAUUCUUUGGAGCUCACGCUUAUGCUGGGGCCGCUUGGAUUUUAAAAGCUCGAGCCCUAACUGAAAUGGUCUACAUAGAUGAAAUUGAUGUGUAUCCGGAAGGAAUUGCAGAAAUGAUUCUGGAUGAAAAUGCGAUUGCUCAAGUCCCACGCCCCGGGACCUCUCUGAAACUCCCUGGAGCUAACCAGACGGGAGCGCCUAGUCCAGCCGUCAGGCCUGUCACUCAAGCUGGCAGGCCCAUUACAGGCUUCCUGAGGCCCAGCACCCAGAGCGGACGGCCGGGCACCAUGGAGCAGGCCAUGAGGACACCACGGACUGCCUACACCGCACGCCCAGUGACGAGCUCCUCCGGGAGAUUUGUCAGGCUGGGCACGGCUUCAAUGCUUACGAACCCCGAUGGGCCCUUCAUCAAUUUAUCACGACUGAAUUUAACGAAAUAUGCCCAGAAACCUAAAUUGGCAAAGGCUUUGUUUGAAUACAUCUUUCAUCAUGAAAAUGAUGUCAAGACCGCUUUGGAUUUGGCGGCCCUGUCCACAGAGCAUUCUCAGUACAAGGACUGGUGGUGGAAGGUGCAGAUCGGAAAAUGUUACUACAGGUUAGGAAUGCAUCGUGAAGCAGAAAAACAGUUCAAGUCAGCCCUGAAGCAGCAGGAAAUGGUAGACACGUUUCUCUAUUUAGCAAAAGUUUACAUCUCGUUGGAUCAGCCUAUGACUGCUUUGAAUCUUUUCAAACAAGGUCUAGAAAAGUUUCCGGGAGAAGUGACCCUACUUUGUGGAAUUGCCAGGAUCUAUGAGGAAAUGAACAAUAUUUCAUCAGCAGCGGAAUACUACAAAGACGUAUUGAAACAAGACAACACUCACGUGGAAGCCAUUGCCUGUAUUGGAAGCAACCACUUCUAUUCUGAUCAACCAGAAAUCGCUCUCCGGUUUUACAGGCGACUCCUGCAGAUGGGUGUCUACAGCUGCCAGCUCCUGAACAACCUGGGCCUCUGCUGCUUCUAUGCCCAGCAGUACGAUAUGACCCUGACCUCGUUCGAACGCGCCCUUUCUCUGGCCGAGAACGAAGAAGAGACAGCCGACGUCUGGUACAACGUGGGACACGUCGCUGUGGGGAUAGGCGACAUGAACUUGGCCCAUCAGUGCUUCCGGUUGGCUCUGGUCAAUAACAACCACCACGCCGAGGCCUACAACAACCUGGCUGUGCUGGAGAUGCGCAAGGGCCACGUGGAGCAGGCAAGGGCACUCUUACAAACGGCAUCAUCUCUAGCCCCCCACAUGUACGAGCCGCAUUUUAAUUUUGCAACCAUCUCUGACAAGACCGGGGAUCUGCAGAGAAGCUACGUUGCGGCUCAGAAGUCCAAGGAGGCGUUUCCAGAGCAUGUGGACACGCAGCACUUAAUUAAACAGCUGAAGCAGCACUUUGCUACACUCUGAUUGCUCCUGAGACGCGAUGUGUUCCUACAAAGGGCCAUUCCACAAGGGAGGGAGCUGUGUGUGUGUGUGUGUGUGAGAGAGAGAGAGAGAGAGACUAACAGACGGAUGUCUGCUUGGUACGAGUGGAAGUGGAGCAUAAAAGAGGUUAAAUCGGAAUAUGAAAUGAGCAUUUUUAAUAAUAACGUAGGAAGAUUACAAACUCGGGGACCUACGCAUUUGUAAUUAGACCACGAAACCGUUCCUCCUGCUGAUGGUAACUGCCUGUGUCUAAUGUGUAAGAACUAUUUUAUUGUACGUUCUUAGUGUUCUUAGGCUGGCCAUUAGCCAUCGUGUGGAUUAAAGGAGUGGAAAUCCGCCUGCCCAACUACACUGGUGUGGUGUUAGAAGUCUGGGCGUAUCUUAGGGAGAACCUUUAUUUAGAGCUAAUUGUACUUCAAACUAUUUUUUAUGAAAUAUUUUUUGAGGCACCUUGCAUUUCCCCUGAUAUUGUACUUUACAAUAAAUCAGUGUGUCUCACCAUCA